UUUCGCAACAAGAUAACCAGGAUAUGGCACUGCCACUGUCUGAUGUACCCCAGCGUAUUGACUUGGUCUCCAAAGAGUUGUAAAAAGUCAGCAGGCACCGGCCGCUGUAGCUGUGACGCAAUGCCAGUGGACUACUCAGAAUACAAUAGCAGUGAAAUGAGGCGGUAAAAACAUGCUAUCAAAGACUUUGCUAUCCUGGACAACUCACAAGGCUGUAACCUUCUGAGUUUGACACACUGACAAAAAUAAAGGACUGGAAUCUUUCAAAGUGUGUUCAGUUUUUUUUUUUUCAAGUGGUUCAGAAAAAAUAUUGGAUGAACAAGAGUACAUUUACAGAAAAGAAGCAGAACUUCAAGUGACAAACAGCAAUCUACAUUCCUACAGGAGCCUCCCAAAGGAUGGGAUGGAUGAGGUUGAGGCUGAAGAGUGUAAAGAAGCCAAGAAGAGUUGCCAUGGGAACAAAGGAAAGGCUUUUUGCAAAAGCUUUCGAGUUGUGAUAAGGAUUUGCCCCCGGGAUCCAAAAAAUGAUGAGUUAAAAAGCACCAUUAAAGUGAAAGAAUCAAACAAAAUCAUAGUGGACACUGGGCGGGGCCAUCAGCCUCACAUUUUGGAGUUUGAUGCUGUUUGGGAUGAAAAUGGCUCACAGAAAGAAGUCUAUGAAUCAGCAGCAAAGCCUCUUGUGGGCUUUGUGCUGCAAGGAUUCAAUGGAUGUGUCAUAACGUAUGGGUCACCAGCAAGUGGGAAAACGUACACAUUGCAGGGUGGAUCUCUCACAGGAAAACAAAGGGGCAUAAUCACUAGAGCUGCAGAAGAUAUAUUCAACUCACCUGAAGCAUCAAACUGCACAAUUCGAGCUUCCUUUAUUCAUAUUUCCAAUGAGAAAAUGUAUGAUCUGUUGGACAGCCAGCCACAAGAAGUGAGCCGCAUCCAUGAGAGCGAGGAGAGCGUGUUUUUGGAGGGGUUAACUGAGGUGGAGGUGGCCUCUGCUGAGGCUCUGCUCCAGCUUUACAGAAGAGGGACUGCAAAUAGAAAUGCAGGGGUCUCAAAGGGAGAGUUUGCCAGUAAAAGUCACAUAAUAUUUAAUAUUAUUAUUAUCAACACAAACCUGACAGGCAGUGAAGCACAGGAUAGAACAAUAACAACUAGCAGGCUAACUCUGGUCGAUUUGGCUAGCUCUGGUAGGGUAUCCAGUCGUGGAGCCAUCAGUGAUGGAAGGAGAUAUUUUCAAACUGCUCACGAAAACCCUCAGGAGGCAAAGAUUCUCAAGAGGUCCCUUACAAUAUUUGGAAAUGUCAUCUUUGCACUAAGUUCUCCAGGUUGCCAACAUAUACCUUACAGAGAGUCUAAGCUAACGAGAAUUCUAAGAGACUGCCUGGGGGGAAACUGCUUGACGUCUCUGAUAGUAACCGUCUCCUCAGACCUGUCCUCUGUGCACGAGACUCUGAGCACCCUGCAGUUUGCCACCAGAGCGAUGGCCAUCCCCAGCCGUCCAGUCCGAAACUCCCAGAUACAGAGCUGUGGUGUGCAGGUCAACAACGCCAAAAAUAUUGAAAAGCCAAAAACAAGUGUCGGUAGACCCCAGACUGAGUUUCCUUGUAUAGGUGACAACAAGGCUAUUCAGAUCCAGACUUGCCUUCCUCCAAUCCUCUUCAGUCCAAGUCCUCCUUCGAGAUGCAACGAUAGGAGACGCAAAGAAUCUCUUCCCAAACUGGAACAUCCCAGAGAACUGAAGGUCACCUUGCCCCACCUAGAGAAAUCAAGCGAGAAGAUCCCCUAUUUGGUGAAAUCGGCCCCGGCUCCAGAGAAGAACAAACCUGUGGAGGAGCGGGGCAAGUCUCUGAGAUCUCGCUCCAGCAGUCUUGCGGGACCCCCAGAUCCUCUCAGAGACAAGCAGCCCAGAGUGGAGCCAGCUUCCCCCAGAGUGUCUGUUGAGAGGCUGCCCGCCGAGAUGCUCAAAGCCCUGGAGUGCCCCAACUGUAAGAAGGAGAGGAGGAUCAGGGAUGAGUAUGACAAGUACAUCAUACAGUCCAGGAGGGACAAGGACAGUCUUCAGCAGAAGAUUGCAGAACUAGAGGCUGACCUCAGGAGGUGUAAAGAGGAAAGAGUUGGGGUUUCAAACAGUGGCGAGGAACAGGACAUAAAGGAGAUUGGGCAUGGGGAGACUGUGGUGGAAACACACAGGGACAAGAUGAGCAAUACGCAGGAGGUGGAGCAGUUCCGAAAGAAUCUCCCCGACUCCGAAGCCAAUGAAGGUCAACUGAAGCAGACCUGCAAUGUCCGGCUCCAGCAGGCCCAGCUUCUGCACAGGGCAGUUCUACAGGAGAGAGAUGGUCUGCUCAUUGAAAUCGAGGUGCUUAAAGCCCAGCUUGAUAAGGCCUGCCAGAGAGAGAAGGCUGUGACACAGAGGCUGAAGACAGAAAAGGACAGAGUUACCCUGGAAACCGAGGACCUUAGGAGCCAACUAGAGAAAAGCAAGGAAAGAGAAAAGCAGCUGAUUUGCAGACUGGAAAAUGAAAAGGCGAGAAUAUUGUUGGAACUGGAGGAUAUGAAAGCUGAAUUUAAAAAAUUCAAGGAUAGAGUAACUCUGACUUUAGCUGACCUGAAGAAAGAAAAGGAUGGACUUUUAAUUGAAAUAGAGGAAACCAAAAAUUACAAUGAAAAGAUUAAAUCAGAGAACAGUUCUGUUUUGGAGAAGCUGGAAACCCUCCAGAGGGAGCUCAGUUCCAAACACAAUGGCUGCUACCAGGAUCCCCCUCUGGAACCUCCCUACGUGCACAGCAUGACGACAAACACUGAGAUGAUGAUGAUUCAGGUUUCCCAGCAGAGUGCUGCUGGGAUCAAAUCAGAGAGCAGGUGUUGUUUCAAUGGCUGCAGUAGCAUACAUUGUUCUUCUGCUUUACAUCCGGGUAAAUCUUCAGCGACAAACUCAAUGGAUGAUGAGGAGGUCAUCAAAAUUAAGGAUAUGUUUAAACAACUAAAGAGAGAACGUAACUUACUUCUGGAUGUGAUGGUAAUUAUGUACACGAGAAGGUGGUUUAUUGAAGAAGCAAUGCCCCAUGUCAAAAGGACUAUAAGGAAAUGUGGAAUGAGACUGGAAGACACUGACUGAAU